AUGGAAUUGACAAGGGACAACGUAAGAAAUAUCCUCUCAGAGACGUUGAAAUUGCUCUCGACGCCAGAGUACCAAACGCAGUUAGAAAAAAGUAGACCAACGGCGCAGAAUGAUGCUGUUACGCUGCUCCAAAUUGUAGGAUCUUAUAUGAAAAAUGAUCAAUCAGUAAUUCAAUUCCAGACCUUGCCAAUAAUUUCCCGCGCGCAGCAACAGGCGCUGAGUGCGAGUGGCCUUCCCGGUCAACAAGCGAUCCUCGACUUCAACCUCAAAGUGCGCCAGUACGAACAACAAGAUCCCCAGAUUGGCCAAAUGUCCUCCGAAAUUCGCUCCUACAUUCUUCCCGCUCUUCAAUGA